AUGGAUGCCUCUGAAGGGUGGGGCCGAGCCCGGAAAGCCACGGUGGCGUCGGUGGCAUCGGCGUCCGGAAGCAGGCGGGUCCGUCGGCCGCCCUCGCUGGGCCGCGUGGCGGUGGUGAUAGACCCGGGCUCGGGCUUCAUCAAGGCGGGCUUCGCGGGUGAGCACCAGCCGCGCCUGGUGCUGAAGAGCUCCAGCUGGGACCGGCCCUUGCUGCCCGCUGUGCUGGGCUGCGAGUGGAUGGGUGGUGUGACGCGGGCGCACCCCAUCAAGCACGGCUUGGUAGUGGACUGGGAGGCGCUGGAGGGGCUUUGGGAGCGCCUGCUGGUGGGUGGCCUGCGGGUGUGCCCAGAGCAGUGGCCCGUGCUAGUGAGUGAUUCGCCGUCAGCGCCGCCCGUGGGCCGCGAGAGGAUAGCCGAGCUGCUGUUCGAGGCCUUGGCAGUGCCCGCGUGCCACAUGGCCAGCACAGCAUUGCUGGCGCUCUGCUCCACCGGCGCGUUCAGCGGGCUGGCGGUGGAGGCAGGCGCGGGCGUGUGCCACGCCACACCCAUCUAUGCUGGACACUCUUGGCACGAGGCCACGUUCCGGCUGGACGUGGCAGGCAGCACCCUGUCACGCUACUUGCGGGACCUGCUGGAGGCAGCAUGCCCCCACCUACAGCUGCGGUCCCUGCCCCGAAAGGCCAUCACACAGCUCAAGAAACGCUGCUGUUAUGUGUCGCUGGACUUUGAGGGUGACCUUCGUAACCAAGACCGCCAGCAUCCGGUCAGUGUCUGCUUAGGCAACGGCUCCUGUGUCUGUCUCAGCAGCGAGCGCUUCCGCUGCCCAGAGCCCAUUUUCCAGCCAAGUCUACUAGGCCAGGCCAAGCCAGGACUGCCUGCACUGGUCUUCCGGGCGCUGCAGAAGGUUCCCAUAACACUACGGAAGCGGCUGGCUGAUACCGUGGUGCUGGCCGGUGGCUCCACACUUUUCCCUGGCUUCACUGAGCGCCUGGAAAUGGAGCUGGAGGCGCAGUGCCGGAGGCACGGCUAUGGGGCCCUGAGGCCUUGCUUGGUGGCCAAGCCUGGGCGUGGCACAGCAGUAUGGACCGGUGGCUCCAUGGUAGCCUCUUUGCACUCCUUCCAAUGUCGCUGGAUAACCCGGGCCAUGUACCAGGAGUGUGGCUCCAGGCUGGUGCACAAAGUGUUCAACUGA